AUGGCUGUCACUUACUUCUAUCGGCUGCGGUUUAGGAGGCGCAAGAUGAGAUGUAAUGGCGAACGGCCGUCGUGCCGCCAGUGUGUUCAAGCUGGCAUACUAGAUUGCGAGUUCACAGAUAACGGACCGACCCAUUCCCAAGUACUGGAAGAAAAUGUUGCCGAUCUCGAGGCGCGGAUACAGGCUCUACAGGGCGACAGCGGGCCGAUACUUCUGCAUGAUCCGCACCAGUCACGUCUAUCGCCCAUGGGCUCUUCUUCGGGGAGCACGAGGCACGAGGCACUGCAGAAAAUCAUCCAGGCAUUCCUCAUGGUCGGGCCUACCUUCGGCUUCUUUUUCGACUUUCCCCGGUUUAUGCCACGUCUACGUUCCUCACUACCCCCAACUGACCGCACCCCUGUUUCUGCGCUGCUCGUCCGUACCAUCGAGCUAAUCGGCACCCACUUCAGCGAUGACGCUGCAAUGCGUCAGGGAGAGGAGCAGAAGCUGGCUUCUGUGCUCCAAGCCAUCCCCGCCAGCCUUGAUCGCAGCCGUCUCAUGGACACACUGCAGGCGGAGAUACUGCUCGCAUACUACCUCUUGCACAGAAAUAGACGUACGGAGGGCAGCUACCAUGCCGCUGCUGCCGUGUCCAUCGCCGUCGCAUGCAAGCUGCACAAGAUCCCUUGGGGCGGCAGCAGUCGGCCGUCUUCGCCUGUGGACGACAUCGAUAACGGGACCCGCCUCCGGGCGUUCUGGACGGUCUUCGCACUCGAGCGGACCUGGUCGACGUGGACACACUCGACACCCGCGUGGCCUGUCGAAGUCGUGAAUCACGGAGCGGAGUUAAUCAGCGGUCUCGGACAACAGGGUGGGUUGAUGAUCCAAGACUCUGUUCUCGAGUCGAAGACCGAGAUGCCAUCCGAGACACUGCUGUUGUUGCGCCUGAAGGCUGCCAUUUUGUUCGCUGAGGCGUCUCGCGUUGGCGAACGGUUGAGUGAGAUGCCAGAGACCAAUCCAGAGUUUACUGAUCUUGAAAGCCGGAUAAAUACGUCAUUGCACGUCGUCUCCGCGCUCGAGCUUACAAAUCGACCGUCGCACUACCAGUGCAGCCUGCUCCUUACGCGAACGCUGCUGUCUUGUGCCGUUCUUCAGCUGCGAGAAUACGUUUUCAGCCGCGGGAAUGACAGUGACGUCGUCAUGGUUCAUGCCGCGACGACGGCCGUUGAUGGUCUGAAAAACAUGAACGUAUCUGGCCUGAUUUGUGUAGAUCCGGUUUAUGCGCCGCUCUGGGCCAUGGUGGGCCGUACUCUGAUACAGGCGUUGACAGUCUUGUCGGGUACUCCGACCACUGCGUCUAUAUUCCUCACAUCUUCGGCUCCGAACGAAAGCAAGAUUUCAGGAUCGCUGGCCUUACUUUUCGAAAGUAUGGCUUCCUUUGAACAGACAAGCCCACUGAUUAAGGAUGAACUCGAAAAACUUCGAAAAACUGCGCAGGAAAAAAGACUUGCAGUUAUGUGA